CUGUGAUUUUCCUAGUCAAGUAAUCACCUGUCGCCUUCGUUUGACUCAUUUCAGGUGGACUAUAUCCUCUCUGGCUAGCCUUUACAAAGAAUACUCUUUGAGCUUGGGCUCGGAUUACUUGCAAGCUGCAAAUGGCUAGGCUUCUCCAUGUUAGGAAAACUCAUCGGCUCAUAAUCGAAAGUGGAUCAUUACGAGAGUUGCAGCCGAUCCAGUUUGGACGUGACAUAGAAGAUUUGGACUUGGAUGCUGGUAUAACUCGAAGUAAAUACCUUUCUAUAUAUUUUGAUAAAAAAAUUUAUCAAUAAUUUAGGAUUUAAUGAUUCUAGAUACCCUCGUGAUAACAUUUUCUUACGAAGACUAUUGCAAUUUAUAUAUUCUCCCGUUUUACUGAAUAAUUUAUUAAUCAUUAACAGAAGAACCUUGAAAUUUGGUGUUUUUAUAUGUUUUGUGGAGGAUUUUUAUGUUUCCAUCAUGAAGGAAAUAAGAAUAGUUGGUACAAAUAUUGAAAUUUGUAUGUAAAAAGUCAUGGAGUCUAAGCAGUCAAGUUGGAAUGAUAAUAUUUGGUGCCUGUUAUAUAUGAUAUUUUCAAGAAAAUCUCGAAUGCCAUGCUGCGCAAUUUGACUGGUACACAGUUAAGUGGACCUUGAGUUUUCAAAGGCUGCAUGCAGUGAGAAGAAUUGCCUGGCUGGUUAAAAGGAGGAUCGGUAAGCUAGAGCCUGUUCAACAAAGUUACGCAUGGAAGAAGACUACAGUACCUCGCUAUGGCUACGCUAUUCCUUUCUCCUUCCAUGCAUGGUGUUUCUUGUUCUUUCAACGAAGUUCUUGCUCCACAAAAGAAAGCAAGGCAAGAUCAAUCAUCUCCCACCAAGCCCUUUUGCUCUUCCAAUUAUAGGCCAUCUCUAUCUCCUCAAGCAACCUAUCCAUCGAACACUCCACUCCCUCUCAAAAAAAUACGGUCCGAUAUUUUCUAUCAAGCUCGGAUCCCGCCUUGCCGUUGUCAUAUCUUCACCAUCGGCCGUGGAAGAAUGUUUCACCAAGAACGAUAUUGUCUUGGCCAACCGUCCUUACUUCUUGAGCAGCAAGUACUUAAACUACAACAACACCACAAUGGGCUCAGUCGAAUACGGAGAGCAUUGGCGCAACCUUCGCCGCAUAAGCGCUCUUGAAAUCUUCUCCCCUCCUCGCCUCACUUCGUUAUUUAGCAUCCGAAGAGAGGAAGUCAUGGCCUUACUGCGUAGACUUCACGGUGUUUCCAAGCAUGGUAACUAUGCUAAGGUGGAGUUAAGGUCCAUGCUCUUGGAUCUAACGUGUAAUAUUAUAAUGAGAAUGGUUGCAGGGAAGAGGUAUUAUGGAGAAGAUGUUAAGGAAAUUAAAGAGGCUAGGAUUUUUAAGGAGAUCAUGGAAGAGUUUGCCGAAUGUAUUGCCGUGAGAAAUUUGGGGGAUAUGAUUCCAUUGUUGCAGUGGAUUGAUUUUACUGGGCACUUGAAGAAGUUGGAUAGACUAAGUAAGAAGAUGGAUGUGUUCUUACAAGGACUGGUUGAUGAGCAUCGAGAUGACAGGGACAGAAACACUAUGAUAAACCGGUUUCUUGCUCUGCAAGAAGAACAGCCUGAAUACUACACGGAUGAAGUAAUCAAAGGCCAUGUUCUGGUGUUGUUGCUUGGGGGAACAGAGACUGCUGCUACAUCUAUGGAAUGGGCAUUAGCCAAUCUACUCAACCAUCCAGUCGUGCUAAAGAAAGCUAAAGCAGAACUGGACGCUCAAGUUGGAGACCGCUUGAUAGAUGAGUCAGAUUUUGCAAAACUACAUUACCUUCAGAGCAUCAUCUCCGAGAAUCUGCGUCUAUGUCCGGUGACACCCCUUAUACCACCGCACAUGCCAUCCUCCGACUGUACCAUUGGAGGAUACCAUGUCCCAGCUGGGACAAUAUUAUUUGUAAACGCAUGGUCUCUCCAUAGAGACCCUACACUGUGGGACGAGCCCACAAGUUUCAAGCCUGAGAGAUUUGAAUCUGCAGGCAGAGUUGAUGCAUGCAAGUUCAUCCCCUUUGGGAUGGGAAGGAGAGCUUGUCCUGGAGAUGGCCUAGCAAACAGAGUGAUGACCUUAACUUUGGGAUCGUUGAUACAGUGCUUUGAGUGGGAAAGGGUUGGUGAAAACAAAAUUGACAUGACAGAGAAGACAGCAAUGACCAUGUUCAAAGUUGAGCCCUUAGAGCUCAUGUGUAGAGCUCGCCCGAUUCUAGACAUGCUUCUCUCUUUAAGUGAUAAAAAAAUAUAAAAUUGUCAAGAAUGCUGCCAAUAUUAUAUGUAUGAUUUUAUUUUCAAAACACAAUAAUAAAUUACCCCUUAGGGUUUGAUUUACAGUUUCAACAGAUAUUCUCUAUUAUGAACAAUAAAGGGAAAGAUCAAACCUUCAAUCCUUAGGCCAAUGCUGUUAUUAUUUCUCUAGGUUUGUUACAAGCAUAGUUAAAACUA